UGUACUCUGCUGAGCUCUUCUUCCUCAGAAUCCUCCUACCUUUGCUUUCAUGGCUUCCACUUUCUGCUACUCACUUUCACUCCCUCCCAUUCCCAACCCACGGAGCCUCAACAAAGUCCAACUCCUACCCACCAACCUUCACACCCCAAACCCCUUUUCUCGCCCCAUUUCUACAAUCCGGAGCCCCUUAAUCCGAGCUUCCAACUCGUCGUCCUCCACCUCAGUUCAAGACGAAGCUCGAAAGCCCAGCGAGGAAGCCAUGAGCAUCGACAAUCUUCGCCGCUUUGUUAAGCUCAACGUGGGCAAUUGGCAAGGUUCCUUCUUUCAAUUUGAUACUGUUGGGAAUCUGUUGCAUAAAGUGAAUACGAAGCUUGCAGCUAGCUCUUAUGGGGAAGGUGAACUCAUCAGUCUCAUUCAAACAUUAUAUAUUAUGCAGGCUCCAUCAAGCACGUCGUUUUCUGAAUUAGAUGAUGAGGUGGAGUGGGCAGAAUACAAAAUUAAAGAAACCAACAUGUUUACUGUGGACAAGUAUCAACAGAUUGGCUUCUUCCCCGAUGAGAAAGCUUUUUCGCUAAGGUACCAGACUGCUGGGAUGUUAGAAACUGUGUUAAGACAAGGGGUUCUUGGGGAUGAUGACACUGGUGAAGAAUCACCAAAAAAUCUAAAGCUUCCUUCCCGUCGUCCUGCAAUUGUAUGCGAAAGUUGUCUGCAUUCACUAGACAAAGAUAUGCGAAUAAGAGCUUUCCACAUCAUGGACCCAAAAGGCAUUAUCGAAAUGAUUGUCAUCUUCCUGGAGGAAAGAGGAGAUGGGGCAGUUCUUCCUCCUGCCCUCGACAAUAAUGUGGAAAACACAGACAGGAUUGUGCCAUUUCUUGGUACGUGGAAAGGUCACUCAGUAACAAAACGAAGCGGUGUUUAUGGAUCAACAACGGCUGAAGCUGAUACCGUAGCAACACUUGAGAUGGAUGAUAAGGGCCAAGUUAUUCAGGGCAUCACUUCCACCUCCGCUGCGGGUGAUGUUACCACUAAUGUGCCUUGGACGGGAAUCAAGUUGGACAACUUGAUUACUUUCAACGGAGGUUACCAGAUGACUCUAUUGCCCGGAGGCAUGUACAUGGGAUGCCCAUGCGAUGUAGGAAACAAUGUUGCAGAAUCAUUAUCGUUCCAUUUGGAGUUCUGUUGGCUCGAGGGUCCUGCCAAGAGACAGAGACUGGUUCGUACAUACGAUGUUGAAGGUCAGGCCGUCUCCACAACUUACUUCUACGAGACAAGAAUGUGAUAUCUCCAUCUCCAUUGUAGAGACAUGCUUUUUGAAAGGGCAAAUGUAUCUUCCAUCCACGGUUUUGCACCGUUCUGUAGAACCCCAUUUGAUGAGCCAAUUUGUAUUUGCUUGAAGCCUUGGAACUAGUUGAAGAGUUGAGACUAGGAAGUGUAAGGUCCAUAGCGUCCAUUGUUGUAAGAGAAGUGUAUAUUGUUUUUGUACGUAUUUUGCCAUUAAAAGGUAAAUUUUUUAGAAGAAAGGUGAAAUUUUCUGCUCCUCUUA